AUGUCUACUAAGGCUACCAAGUCUGCCACUACCCCUAACGGGGACUCUACUAAAUGGAGUUCCGACGAGAAUGCGCGUCUCCUCCUUCUCGUCAUGCAGGAAGAGAACAAGGAUCUAGCCGUCAAAGGCUGGAAGACUAUUGCUGAAAAGGCCAAGGAGGUAUUUGAUGGCAAGUACACUCUUCCGGCUAUCAAGCAUCAGUUUCAAAAACUCAAAAAGCAGUACCUCGACGACUGCCCCACCCCUCCAGAGGACUCACAGGCAGGUACCGAAGCUGCUAAGACUCCUACAAAGGGCCGAAAGCGUAUGGCAGCUUCUAUGGAUAGUCCUGACGCCGACAAUGAUACCGGUACCAAGGCCAAGAAGGCACGAGUUGCAAAGAAGACAACCAAACGCGCCAAAGCAGCUGCGGAAGACGCUAUGCAGGACGACUAUCCUGGCGAUUCUGAUGGAGAUGAGCAGAAGCCCGCCAAAGCCACCAAGCGCCGCGUGAUGAAGAAGUCCAACAUCAAAGCCGCGGACGACGAAAGCGAUGACGAUCAUGAAGAUAUCGAGACCCCUACGAAGCCUAAGCCCAAGAAUUCACAUGCGUCGCGUACGCAGAAGAAGUCUCUCAUUGACCCCGAGUCGGCAGAGAUGACUGCCAAGCCUGCCUCCGACGCAGAGGAUAACAUUCAGGCUGAACAUGUCGACACAGCACCCGAGAACGACUCUGAGGCUGCGCAGACUAACUUUUAA